GAGAGAGAGAGAGAGAGAGGUUUGUCUAUUUGUUGAAGGAAGUUUGAACAGAGUGAUCAAUUUGAACAGAUUGGUCAAUGACUCCACCUUGGUUGUUCACUACUUACUCUGUUUGCAGUGAUGCAGCUGGGGUUGCAGGGAACCUCUUGGCUAUUGUGUUAUUUGUGUCUCCACUACCCACAUUCAGGAGAAUUAUCAGGAGCCGAUCAACUGAACAGUUUUCAGGAUUGCCAAACAUAUAUUCCUUCUUGAACUGCUUAAUAUGCCUCUGGUAUGGCAUGCCAAUUGUAUCUCCUGGUAUUAUAUUUGUUGCCACUGUCAAUUCAAUAGGGGCAAUUUUCCAGCUGGUGUAUGUUAGUAUUUUCAUUACAUAUGCAGAGAAAGCAAAAAAGGUGAAGAUGUUGGGAUUGCUGGUUGCUAUUUUCGCCAUAUUUGGGAUCAUAGUGUUUGUGAGCAUCAAACUGUUUGAUCCUCCUACCCGACAGCUCUUUGUUGGAUAUUUGAGUGUUGCUUCUCUCAUAUCUAUGUUUGCCUCUCCACUAUUUAUUAUUCAUUUGGUAAUCAAAACGAAGAGUGUGGAAUACAUGCCAUUCUAUCUUUCCCUUUCGACGUUUUUGAUGAGUCUCUCUUUCUUUGCAUAUGGAGUCCUGAAGCACAAUCCUUUCAUUUCUGUCCCAAAUGGAGUUGGAGCAAUUCUGGGGAUUGUGCAGUUGGUAUUGUACUUGUAUUACAGCAAUUUAUCGGAGGAAGACUCAACAGAACCCUUAUUAUAAUCUUAUGUAUAAUUUGAUAGAUUGGUGAUGCUUGUGAGGUUGAUUUACCG